AUGUGGCAUUUACAAUGUAAACAGCCACCGGUUAACGACGGUACGAGUAGACCAAUACCGAAUAUCGAUUUCGCACUUCUUUUUCUCUCUAAAAGGAUCUUCUUCGUCUUCUUCAGCACUCUAAAAGGAUCUUCGUCUUCUUCGUCUCUCCCUUCUUUACCCUUUCACGGAUACUCUGUUCCCGUGAGGAGGUUGAGUUUCUUGACAAUGGCCGGAGAUAAAGUCUCGAACAAGUCUGGUUCGUACGAUGAGCAAAGCAACGGUGAAGAGAAGAAGCAACAUGCUUUCUACUUUGUCAAACAACACCCUUACGUGAUCGAAUCAGGUCUUGAACAAGACCAUCAGAAUCUGAUCCUUGCUCGAUCUGGAGUUAUAGAGAAGUUGAAAGCUAAGAGGGCUGAGAAAUCUGAGUUAUUUAAACUUCGGGAUUCGUUGAAAUCUGAGCAUAAGAGAUUGAGUGACGUGUUCAAUGAGAUGAGGGUAGAAAUGGAGCCGCUAAAGCAAGCACUUGGGAGGUUGAGGAGCAAUGAUAAUGGUCUCUGUUCGUCUCAGCAAGAACUUAAUGAUAAGAUACGCAGCUUCAAUUACCGAAUUCAACACGAAAGCAAUACGUUAAACGAGGAGAAGCAGCUUAUCAAAGAGAUCAGUAGGCUUGAGAGGACGAGAGGUGAUGUCAUUGCGAAUGAGGCAUCGAGAGCCAGAAUCAUUGAGUCUUUUGGUUUCAAAAAAGAUAUCCAAGAUCAAGUUAAGUCAAUGAGUUGUGAUCUUGACGGAGUUAUAAAGGAGAGGCAAGCGAUUUCAGAAAGGAUUGAUGAGAUGAGUGAAAAGAUUAAUGCUUCAAAAGAGGAGAUUAGAGUGCUUGAAGAUGAGCUGAAGAUUGUGACUGAGAAGAGGAACAAAUCUUAUUCAAACAUUCAUAAGACCAAGAAGCAACUUGAAACGAAGAAUGCAAACUUUAACCAAAGCCGUGCUGUGUUGCAAAAAGCUAGAGACUUGGCUGCAAAUAAGAACGUUAAAGAACUUGAGGCGCUCUCUCUUGCUGAGGAUGAGAAAUUCAUGUCACUAUGGUGCAGUAACAAGAAUUUCAGAGAAGAUUAUGAAAAGAGACUCUUGCCUUCACUUGAUGCCAGGGAGCUAAGCCGAGAUGGACGUAUGAGAAACCCUGAAGUUGUGCCUGAAGCUAGAACAGAACAGUUUAAGGAGGAUCCAGUUUCUGGAAACAAAGCUAAAGAUAAUGGAAAAGCAAAGGAGGCUAAGCCCAGCUCUGAUGAUGAUGAAGUAUAUGGACUUGGGAAAAAACCGGAAAAGGAAGAGUUAGAAGUUGAUGAAGCUACGCUUAAAGAGAUGAGAAGGCAAGAAGAGAUUGCGAAAGCCAAACAAGCCAUGGAAAGGAAGCAGAAACUGGCGGAUAGGUCUGCAGAAAAAGCAGCUACAAGAGCUCAAAAGGAAGCUGAGAAGAAAGAAAAGGAGCGUGAGAAGAAAGCAAAGAAGAAAGCUGUAGUGCCUGAGGAAGUUCCAGACAAGGUUGAAGACCAAGAAGUGGAAGAAAAAGUCGCAAAAGGAAAGAAACAGAUGAGGAACAGGAUUCAGAGAAAGGGAAUCGAAACUCCUCGACCAACACUGAAGCUGAAGCGUAAGAAGUCGAGUAAUUACUACAAGGUUUGGGCAAUUCUUGCUGCUCUUGUGCUUCUCGUGCUUGGUUACUACUACGCUCUCUAG